AUGGCCAUGACCAUCCAUGGAUGGCCGACCUCAGUGGUUGAAAAUCCGGUCUAUGUAGGCAUACAUGCCAUGCAUGGCUUGUUUUGGGCCGAUAGCUUUACACUGUUGCGGACACCUGAGAAGACCUGCUACGUAGUGAAAAGGGGAAGACUAUCCAGCUACUUUGCCACAGCAAGUGCAGUGUAUGUUAACAGAAUAGUUUCAUGUGAUCCAGCGGCGUUGUUUUGCCGUAAGCAACUGCACUUUGGAUUGGCAGCCCUGAGUGCUAGCGCAGCCAGAAAAGAAACAACAAAAACACAUGCUUGUGUUUUCCUCUAUCAACUUGGAUAA